AUGCGCACAUUAUGCAUGCAUGGUCGUAUCGAGAAGGCCAGUGACAGAUGGGCAACACAGCCCUCUCACUCGCCCACUCACUCGUCCAUUUGCUGUGUGCACGCCCCCAAGAACCAAGUUUCCAUCCUUCGACCGCCCCUUCCCGCCUAUCACCAUCACCGUCACACCACCCGGCAUGAACACACCACCGCCCGAGACCAGGUCGCUAAUACACCCCCGCCCAUUAACCAAACCGCGCCCCCUCCUCGCGACGCGGUGCACUGCGCUUGCCGAGCACACGACGAGCCUCCCCUCGCUGUGCUGCUGCGCACGAUGGACUUUGCCGCCUGGAAACACCAAUGCCAGCGCCGGAAAGACCUCGAUCAGACACCUUACAUCAACCACCCGAUCGCUGUCUCGAACAUUCUUGCAUCCUGUGGCGUGAACGACAUCCACAUCCUGCAGGCGGCCUUGCUACACGACACGGUGGAAGACACCCCUACCACCAUAGAGGAAAUCGAGGACGCAUUCGGACCUCGUGUUGCCAGCAUUGUUGCAGAGUGCACCGACGACGUCUCGCUCAGUGGACAAGAGCGCAAGGCCGAGCAGCUGCGCACCGCUCACAAGCGGAGUCGCGAAGCGCAGCAGGUCAAACUAGCUGACAAGCUGCACAACCUGGAGAGCAUCCGCCGCUCGCCUCCCGUCGGCUGGGGUGUGCGCCGCAUCCAGGCUUAUUUUAUGUGGGCGAAGCAGGUGACGGACGUCUGCGCUCCGGCCAACCCGGAGCUCUCGCAGCGCUUGACGACGCUCUUCAAGACGGCAUACACGCACGUCGACGGGCAGUACUUCCCGUGUCAUCCGGAGAUGUGCGGUCCGUUGACUGAGGAGGAGAAGGGGCGUGUCGACAGCCGCUUCGCGACGUGCAAGAGCGGCGAGGAGCCCUGCCCGCGCACGCUGUUCUUCUGA